AGGAGCAAAUGCACUGAUUUAAUAAUUGUUACUUGCAGUAACUCUUAACCAAGCUGUCAGUGGAGCGAACAAAAUCUACUCUAUUUCAGUCUCAUUAUUCCAUGCCCCAUGGGGAUUUACCAAGAUCUACCCACUAGAUUACAGCAUUUGUAUCUUUUUAGCAUGCGCGGAAGCCACAAGGGGGACAGGAGCAUUUAUAAGCGCCUAGAAACGGCCUUACAUUGAUACAGCUUGUUUCUGCACUGCACGUAUAGUUCGGUGCUUUUACCUUUGGGGGCUAGUCAACAGUUCUGUGCAGUGUUAAAGGGUCAAACGUUUGUUUUAACUUGCAAAUUGGAUAGUUUUAGAAAUAGUCUAAGCUAGCGAGCAAGUGUUACAGUGUUAGUUUUAAAUUGUUUACCGUGGGCGAACUUCAAGAUGAACAUUGCGGUUGAAUUUGCUGUGGUUAUGUUUAAAGUAGUUUGGUCAUUUGUGUUGGCUGGUACUAAGUGGAUUGUCCGAACGAGAGAAAAGAGUGUCGUAGGACAGGUAUGUCUGAUAACUGGAGCUGGAAGCGGUCUCGGACGACUCUUUGCUAAGGAGUUUGCUCGGCGAGGUGCAUCGCUUGUGUUGUGGGACAUCAACCGACAAGGCAAUGAAGAGACUGCCGAUAUGGUUCGUGAUAUCUACCGCGAGAUAACAUCCAAAAGAGAAAUAAUUGGAGGAAUCCAAGACGUCCCUUUCCAGCCUCAAGUCUAUACCUUUGUGUGUGACGUCAGUAAACGCGAGAACGUAUACUGCACGGCUGAGAAGGUCCGAGCAGAGGUUGGCAACAUCGACUUCUUGAUCAACAACGCAGGGGUGGUGUCUGGGCACCACCUCCUGGAGUGUCCGGACGAACUCAUCGAGAGAACAAUGAAGGUCAACUGCCAUGCACAUUUUUGGACCACCAAGGCCUUUCUCCCCAAGAUGCUGGAGCAGAAUCAUGGGCAUAUUGUGACCAUAGCUAGCAGCUUGGGACUGUUCACUACAGCUGGAGUGGAGGACUAUUGUGCUAGCAAAUUUGGUGCGAUAGGAUUCCAUGAGUCCCUGAGUCAUGAACUGAGAGCCUCUGAGAAAGAUGGAAUCAAGAUGACUCUUGUCUGUCCAUUUCUUGUGGACACUGGCAUGUUUAAAGGCUGCAAGAUAAGGAAAGAGAUGGCUCCUUUCUUCCCCCCUCUGAAGCCAGAGGAUUGUGUGACUCAGGCCAUGAGGGCCAUCCUGACAGAUCAACAAAUGGUCUGCACGCCACGAGCCAUGUAUGCGGUCACCUUCAUGAAAACGAUUCUUCCAUUUGACGCCAUUGUUUGCAUGUACCGGUUUAUCGGAGCAGACAAGUGCAUGUACCCAUUCCUGGAUCAUUGUAAAGAAUCGAUGAACAACAACGAAACCAAGAUUGGGAGCUAAUCUUUGGUUACCUUUAACAAAUAAAUUAUGUUCAAAGACUGUGUUACCAGUGCUGUUGCAUUGGGUCUGAUUUGAAAGGUUUCACUUGGAACUUGAAUGGCUACAUCAGUGAUGUAAAUUAAGUUUGAUUUGAAUCAGAUAAGGUUCAAAGUAGGUAAUUUCUAUAGCUUAAGGUUUAUAUUCAACUUUGUAAUCAAAAACUGCAGUAUGUUACUGUGUGAAUGUUCUUACAAAAUCAUUUUGUUCAAUGCUUACCCAAUAUGACCUUAGUACCCAACAUUCCAAGGUUAAUGAUGGCCUAACUUGUAAUGGCAUGUCUACUUUUCUCCCUUUUGUUGUGGGAGACAUUGACGUAAAUAUAUAUGAUGAGAGAAGCUGCACAAUCAAGUUAUGCUGGUAAUCGCAUGUUAGGUGGAUGAAAGGCUCUUAACUCCACUGGAAGUGCCUUAAAAUAAUUUAUGUAUGUUUUUUUGUAUGUUAAUAAGCAAUAAAUGUGACAAAAACAAAAAA